CGGACAUAGUCCGGCGCAGCGCGGGCGCGCGCCACACACGGCACAGUAUACGCCACGUAAGCACCACAACGAAGCCAGCGGGACAGGCGGCGUUCGGCGCGCUUUGGCGUGGCUGGCUCCGGAAUACAACGUGAACGUGUCUCAUGCCAGAGCCGCUAGACAAAGGUGCACCUCGCGCUGUGUAGCUUGGCUAGCCGGCAGCGUGCUCGCCUAAACACUUCGGGUGCACUGAAAACAAUGCGCGGAGUUUAUCGCCGCGUUGUUGUGGGACGCGUUCAACGCGCUGAACCCUAUACAGAUGGCGAAUUUUCGGCGAUCUUAGCGUCACCGGCGUGAUGUAUCCGACUUCCCCGGCCGCUUGCGGGCAGGCUGCACAUGCUGGACUAUACAUAUACUAUGUUCGUCAACUGCGUGUGAUCGCCACCAGCGCAAGUGCUCUUGCGAAAGAAGCGGAACAAGAGGCCGCGGAAGCAUCGCAGCAGCGUAUGAAGUGCGGAGCAGACCGCGAAGACAGCAGACGACUUGCAAGGCAAGGAGCGGCAGAACCGAACGUUAGACGACUCCCGGGAUAUGAGACUGCCAAUUAAGGCCGCAAGAAAAGCACGCGCUGAUAGCUAGCCCCGUGGUAUCGACAUGGUGAAGCGUAGAAUAGACGAAUAGGAGAACGGAAUGUGGCAAGGAUUGCAGGGCAAAGGCAGGGCAAAGGCACGCCGUUGUGGUGACAUUGGGUGCUUGCGAAUAGAAGUGGCUGUGUGUGGGGGUUGUGAGAAAGUGUACGUAGUACGUGGAGCACGAUGCAGAUGCACAUAGUUUCAUGCAGGGAAUUGUUGAUAUCCUUUUUUUCUCGACGCAUUGCUACUUCUCAGCAGCGGCAACCAGUAUAUAUCGCAAGGAAGGAGGAAGAAAUAUUCAACGCGGACGUCUUCACUUUGUAGAAGAAGAAGAUCAAGCGGGGUGAGCGGGGCUGUCCGUCGGCUUUUAUCGCUGUCGCAGGCUUCGUCAUGGGAGGUAGCUGCUAUCAGUUCCUGCACUUCAGAGACCGACCCAGCAUCCAGACGAUGGCGAGCGUCUGUUUUGCAAUGAACAGCAUUCAUCUCGUCGCGGUGCUGUACGCCGCCAUGAGCGCUGAUGACGCCAUCGUGAUGCUCAAGCUGAACGGCAUCGAAUCGACAGUGACGGAGCUUCACAUCGCAGGGGGCUCACGCUUUGUCCUUUAUUACAUAACAAUAUUUGCUGACUUAUUUCUCAUCAUCGGCAUCGAAGAUAACUGCCGGCUGGGCAUGUUGACCUUCAUAUGGUGGAACUCGUUUCGCAUUUUCCUCGAAGUCCUUACCAUCGUGGGCGUGGGAUUAUGGAAGGGCACCAGCGAAAACGGCUUCUUCACGCGUCGCGUGUUCCACUACAGCUCGCUGGUGCGUCCCAGCGUGCGCAUACAUGCGCACGGCGAGAUGAUGCCCAGCAACAUGGCCCUGGUCGAGCCGGGACCCACGCCAGGCCAAGUGGGAGGCAAGGAGGGCGACGAGGAGUCGACCGAGACGAAGACCGCGCACAGGACGACCGAGAGCCGCAACGUGACCGACAGCACCAAGCGAGAGCCCGGCCCGAACAGUGGCGAGGAGUCCUCCGCUAUCAAGAAGAGUCCUCCACAAUGAAGCCGCAAGACCAACCAUAAAAGACGUCAGUCGCGCUGCUUCCCUCGGUUUUGGUCCUCUGGGCAUUUACUGCGUCAGCAUUUACGCGCCCGGUAUCUCAGCGGCAAACUACGUCGAGGCGAGGAAACGGCGUGGCAACGCUACAUUAGGCUCCUUGUGUCUGGAUGCCAAUGGCAAGCGCACGCUUGCAAUCACCUUGAGAAGGGAAUCGCGCUGAGUCGUUCGAGCAGGGUGACCCAGUCCAGCACGACGCUUGCUCAGUCCGACCGGCUAGCGCUCAUGAGUACUAUGCACGCAGAUUUCAGUUCUAACAGGCUUUGAGAGCCCA